AUGGAGAGUCUCUGUCCAGCUACGGGAUUCGUGAUCAUGCUGCGAGCGACAGAGAGCAGCAAGGUCGUUGCCGGGGGCUUUGGGCAUGGCAGCAAUACGAAUCAGCUCUGUUUCCCCUAUGGGCUAGUGGUUAUUGAUGAUGAUCAAACAAUAAUCGUUGCUGAUUGGGGCAACCAUCGUAUUGUGCAGUGGAAGAUCGGCGAGGCCAAUGGUCAAGUGAUCGCUGAUGACGAGGAACCAGGCCAUCAACUCAAUCAAUUGAAUGGUCAACCGACAUGA